GCUGCCGGGGGUCCGGUCCCUUCAGACUUUAAAAAUCCGCGGUUGCCUUCUCAGAGCCUGGACACUCGAACUCCCGGCUGUUUGUCGGCCGUGACGGACUGAACAGUUCUGUCAGGACCGCGGCGCAGUGGCGAAUCGGCGGUGACGAAUCGGCGACGGCGAGUCAGCGGCACUUGGGAUCCAGCGUGCAGCGGCGGCUCCGGAGCCCGGCUGUAGCGGGAGGCAGAUCCGGGCCGUGGCCGGGGCCGGGCAGUAGCGGGAGGAUGGAUCCUGCGCUCUCUGCCGUCCGCAUCUCCGUCCGCGAAGCCAUUCACACCCUGUCGUCUUCUGAGGACGGGGGCCACAUCCUGUCCACCCUGGGGGCCCUGAGGCGGUAUCUGGGUGAGGUGGACGACCCAGCCCUCCGCAGAGAGAAAGAAGAGUUUGCUACCAUACACUUUUCGGCUUUCCUCAGAUGUCUGUUCAGCAAGCUGAGCCCCGACUGGUUCGAGCUGUCCCCGGAUGGCCGGCUGGAGCAGCUCUGGGAAAGCUUCUUUCUGGAGGGCCCUGCUGACCAGGCCUUCCUGGUGGUCAUGGAAGCCAUCGAGGGCACUGCCGGCCCCAGCUUCCGUCUGAUGAAGAUGGCGCAGCUGCUGGCGAGAUUCCUCAGCGAGGGCAGGCUGGCAGCUCUGAUAGAAGAGCAAUGUCGGCCACAGACGAAGCCCAGCUUCCCCCUCCUUCAGGAGACCCUGCUCAGCAGGGUAGUGGGCCUACCCGACCUCCUGGGCAACCGCCUACAGCGGGACAACCUGGCCCCGUUCUUCCCCCAGAGCUACUUCCCUCUGCUUGGGGAGGAGGUGGCCCGUGCCCUGCAGGCCAUCGUGGACUCUCUCCGAGAUGGCCAGGACUGCUCUGUCUCCUUCGUGUCUCGAGUCCUGGGGAAGGUCUGCAUCCAGGGGAGACAGAAGGAAAUCCUGGGUGUGCUGGUGCCCCGGCUGAUGGCGCUGACCCAGGAUAGCUGUCUGUGGCAGCGGGUCUGCUGGCGCCUGGUGGAGCAGGUGCCUGACCGGGCCAUGGAGGCCGUGCUGACUGGGCUCAUGGAGACUGUGCUGGGGCCUGAAGUCCUGUCUCGACUCCUGGGGAACCUAGUGGUGAAGAAUAAGAAGGCCCAGUUUGUGCUGACCCGGAAGCUUCUGUUCCUGCAAUAUCGGCACACGACGCCCAUGCUGCAGAGCCUGCUGGGGUACCUGGCCAUGGACAGCCAGCGGCGCCCGCUCCUCGUCCAGGUGCUGAAGGAGCUGCUGGAGACAUGGGGCAGCAGCAGUGCUGUCCAACAUGCGCCCCUGGCACAACAGCGCUAUAUCAGCACAGCCAUCCUCAUCUGCCUGGCACACUUGGGGGAGCCGGAGCUACAGGACAGCCGGGAUGAAUUGCUGGCCAGCAUGAUGGCAGGGGUGAAGUGCCAUCUGGACAGCAGCCUGCCUGCCGUGCGCCGCCUGGGCAUGGUUGUGGCCGAGGCCCUCAGCUCCCGCACCCACCCUGAAGGGCCCGCCCUGAAGUUCCAGUAUGAAGACGAUGAUGAGAUGAGCCGCGAGAUGCUGGCCUUGGCCACCCACCAGCCUGUGGGUGACCACUCCCCAGAGGCAAGAGGCUCAUCCCCUGCUCCUGUGGCCACGGAGACCCCUACAGAGAUUGGAGGAGGCGGUGCCAAGUCCCCAGGACAGCCACAGGGCUCCGACUCGGAGCUGGACAGUGAUGAUGAGUUUGUCCCUUACGACAUGUCAGAGGACAAGGUGCUGAAGAGCAGCAAGGCGCCCCUGUAUGUUCGAGACUGUGUGGAAGUCCUGACCACAUCUGAGGACACAGAGCGCUGGGAGGCUGCGCUGCAGGCCCUUGAGGGCCUGAUCCACAGAAGCCCCGAGGCCACCCGGGAGGUGAGCGUGGAGCUGGCCAGAGUGCUGCUACACCUGGAGGACAGGACCUGCCUGGUGGGAUUCGAGAGACUGCGCCAAAGAGCCCUGGUGCUUGUCAUAGUCACAGACCCUGCCCGGGUAGCCGAGUAUCUGACCUCACAGUUCUACGCUUUGAACUACAGCCUCCAGCAGCGCAUGGACAUCCUGGAUGUCCUGAUUCUGGCAGCCCAGGAGCUGUCCCGGCCAGGGCGCCUCCAGAAGCCUGUCUGUCAUGGAGCCCCUGGUCCUGGCCCCCAGUGCUCAUCAGCACUGGCCGCCUCUCAGCCUGGCAGCCUCUCAGCUCCUGACUGGAAAGUGGUUGUGGAAGAGCGGAUCAGAAGCAAGACCCGGCGGUUCUCCAAGGGUUCUUCCCGGCAGAAGCUGGCAAGUGGCCCCAACGACUUCAACUCUGUGGCUGGGUGCUUCUUCUUUCCCCUCAUUCAGCGCUUUGACCGACCCCUAGUGACCUUUGACCUCUUGGGAGAUGAUCAGUUGGUUCUUGGAAGACUAAUCCACACUUUAGGGGCCUUGAUGUACCUGUCUGUGAACACCACGGUGGCUCCAUCCAUGGGCAAGGCCCUGCUGGAAUUUGUGUGGGCCCUUCGCUUCCAUGUUGACAUCUACGUGCGCCAGGGCUUGCUGUCGGCUGUGGCUUCUGUUCUCCUCAGUGUGCCGGCAGAGAGGCUGCUGGGAGACCUGCCAGAUGAGCUGCUGGAAGCCAGGUCCUGGCUGGCAGAUGUGGCUGAGAAGGAUGUGGAUGAGGACUGCAGGAAGAUGGCUGUGAGGGCUUUGCUGCUUUUGGAGAGACUCAAAGACUCCCUCCUCCCUGCUUCCUCCCCUUAGUCCUGUAGUUUCCUGCCUCAGGGAGCCCAGCUGGGUCCUGGGCCAACCCCACUGGGAGGAAGGAUGGCCUCAAGGAGUAGGGCCUGAGGCAGUGGGCUUUGAAACAUGCCCGGCCUGGAGGGUCAUUCUGUACCAGUGUGCAGUGUGCACUGCCCACCCAUCCCGGCUAUUAACUUAGUCUGACGAGGCUUGUCCUUGAUGAACACAGGAGGGCACAGGAGGGCUGUAUUGUUCCCACCCCACUGCUGGGCUGGGUCUGGGGGCCCUGGGCCUGGGCAGUGCUUCCUCCUAGGGGCAGGGUGGAUGGGCUCUGCAGGGUCUCAGGAGGGCCUCCACCACGCUCCUCGGGGAGUGUCAGGCAGUGAAGCAGAGUCAGUUUAGCCCUCUGGUCCCAUAGCACUGGUCUCAGCACUGAGUCCCAGGAAAUAAACAGGGCAGCUGGUGUUACCUGGUCUUC